CCAGGGACGCUGGGCAGGAAAGGACUUAACGGGGUUUCUGUGGCAGGAGCAGCGGGGAUGCAGGGAAAUCAAAGCCGUUUGCAAACCCCCCACUGGAUCCGGAGCUUUCAGCCCCAUCCAGACCCCGUCCCCCAAGUGCCUCAGCACCCCGGGGCGAUGGAGCCAGCAGGACUCCCCGAUGGGCGACAGGGCUGGAGAGGUGCGGAGCCUGAGCUCGGCUGCCAUCCAGCAGCGCCCACGCACCACGGCGACCGCACAUGCAGAGCACCCGGGGCCACCAGUGAGCACAGACCCUCGUGCAAAGCCGCUGGAUGAUCUGGGGGGUCCCCCAGCCCCUCUGCUGCAUGCCCUGCCCAGCCCCCAGCUUACAGCCCCUGGAGAAAGGGCUAAGCGGAGACUCUCGGUGCAUGGCACCUGCAUUCCCAGCAGGGUUAGCUCCCCUGGCUCCGAGGCGCUAAGUCUUAUGCAAGGCACAGCGUGUGCGCUGGAAGGUCAAGUUACUCCCCGCUGCCUGUGCCAAGCAAAGGAGUUUCUGCUGCCCCAGCAACAGAGCCAGGCAGCGGGGACAGCAAGGGUUGAGUGGGUCCUGGACUCUGACUCCCCUCCCCGCUCCCUGCCACGGGCCCCAGGCCAGCAGUGCUCCUUCCUCCGGGGAUCCUCCCCCACGCCCCGCAGCAGAGCAGCAUCCUCAUCCCCUUCGCACACAGAUGGAGCCAUCUCAGAAGAGACUGCGAGGGACCACUGUGCCUCUGUUCAGACCCCCCACAGCCCAGAUUUGCAGUAUCAGAGGCCGUAUUGCCCUCUUUGGCGGCAUCUGCCAGGUGGAAACUCCAACCCCUUAGAAAGCUCAUCCUAAGACAUGGCUACUCCUCCUGAUCCCAUGAGAUGCCUCCUUUUACAUACUGUGGAAGAUUUGCCUGACCAAUGGUCAGUGCCCCGCUGCUGGAGGUGAGCCAGCAAAUCCCAGUCUCCAGGAAGGAGGAAGAGGCUGAAGUAGAACUACUACACGUCUAACUCCACAGGCUGCAGUGGACUGGAUGCAGGAGACUCCCUCAGCCUCACGUUGUUAAGCCCUUUCUAGGGCAUCAGUCCUAGGAGGGCCACAUCAUGGUAGUUGAGUUGUGCCGCACAGCUCCUUCCUCUUUACAAGAGAGCCAAAGUCACUCAAGCAGAUCAGAGACCCUAAGAAGGGGGAUGAAUCUCUCUAAAUUCAAGCAUCACCCAGAGUCACCAGUUCUAGACAUACAGGUGCAAGGACAGCAGGCAGACCCCUUUUGAGGGGGCCAAAUUCCAGUUGUAUAGGUAAAGGACUUGUGUCAAUGGGAGAAUUGCAGAGACCAAGGGUAGCACCUUUCUUGUAUGCAGUAAUUAGGGUUCUAGUUAUUUGCUCAGUAUUCAUGGCACUCUGAACAUCAGUGGGGAGGAUGUGCUCAGUUUAGGGCUGCUGAUUUCCCCAUGCUAAAUUACCUCUCCUCUGCACUCUCCUCGCCUGCACCAGCUCCCAGCCUAGGUCACUCCCAUGCCACACCCUAACCUAUCACAAUGCUCAGGCAUGUGAGUGGUUGACGGGUAAAAUGUUACUGUUAAGUGACCACCCAGUGAGAGGUUGGUAGAAGCAUCUGUGUUGGGGGAGAAGGAGUUCUCAUGUCUCAGAGCUGCCAUUCCAGCCGGUCUGCAGACACAAGCAGACACUGCCUUGCAUUGAUUUACAGUCCCAUAUGUGGAAGCCCCACUUUACAGCCAUGAGGAUUGGAACAUUAUUCUAAUGAAAGCUCAUUCUACAGCGCAUGAGUAAGUCACACGAGUCACAAAUAUAUCGAGUGGCCCUAGCAUCAGACAUCCCUGUGCUAGAAGGUGCAGAGGUCUCCACCAAAUGUAAACAUCCAAGUACCCAUUAUGUGACAUUCCUUCAGAGCCAUGCCCAGCUCAGACUAAUACAGAUCUCCAACGCUCCAAGAAAGAAAAACCAGCUGUUGGAUGACAAGAGUGGGUCUCUAGACUCUUCUGGUAUGGCAGCUGCUCCCGCAAGUGUAACCCGAGGGAGGGGUACUACAGAUUGAAGAUUUCUCCCUUCCCCACCACACACCAAUAAAGACACUGAACGAAACCCCUCAGAUGAGCGGU